UGCCGUAAAGCGUCUCGGCCGGGCGCGCUAGCGGCUGGCGCCCUUGAAAGGGAACGGCCAUGAGCGGGAAUGGCGGCAACAGGGCCCUGGAGCUGCUGCGCUCGCUGCCCAGGGUCAGCUUGGCCAACCUGAGGCCCAACCCCGGCUCCAGAAAGCGGGAAAGAAGACGUGGCCGUGGAAGAUACGGAGGUAGGAAGUGUGGCCGAGGUCACAAAGGAGAAAGACAAAGAGGAAAUCGCCCCCGAUUAGGCUUUGAGGGUGGUCAAACUCCAUUUUACUUGGUCAUACCAAAAUAUGGAUUUAAUGAGGGACAUAGCCUCAGACGUCAGUAUCAACCACUCAGUCUUCAGAGGCUGCAGUACCUGAUCGAUUUGGGUAGAGUUGACCCCACACAACCAAUUGACUUAACACAGCUCGUCAAUGCUAGAGGUGUAACAGUGCAACCUCUCAAGAGGGAUUACGGUGUCCAGCUGGUGGAGGAGGGUGCUGAUAUUUUUUCAGCAAAAGUAAAUAUUGAAGUGCAGAGGGCAUCUGAGUUAGCAAUUGCAGCCAUAGAAAAAAAUGGAGGUGUUGUGACAACAUCAUUCUAUGACCCAAGGAGUUUGGGAAUUUUGUGUAAGCCAGUACUGUUUUUUCUGCGUGGCCAGCCUAUUCCGAAGCGAAUGCUUCCACCUGAAGACCUAGUACGUUACUACACAGAUGCCAGGAACCGGGGUUACCUGGCAGAUCCAUCUAAGGUUGCGGAAGCCAGGCUUGAGCUUGCCAAGAAAUACGGCUACAUCUUACCAGACAUAACCAAGGAUGAACUAUUUAAGAUGUUAAGCGCACGCAAGGAUCCUAGACAGAUAUUUUUUGGUCUUGCUCCAGGAUGGAUUGUAAACCUGACAGACAAGAAAAUUCUAAAACCGACUGAUGAGAGUCUCUUGAAAUACUAUAGCACAUGAAUUCAGGACUGGAGACAGCUGCAGGUGUUCAGGAAACAUCUGGAGAAUAAAAAGAAGUGGAUGAAUUUUUGUUGGUGUUUGUCAACCAGCCCGGAUUUUUCCUUCACUCAGCAACCUGCCUUGUCAGUUAAUAUGAGCAUCUGUAAUCACAAAACAAAAUAAAACAAGUCUUCUAUUCUCAUUCUGAUUAAAUAAUCUGAAAUCAAGAGAUUAAGAAUAGAGAGUGACUAAUUUUUGACAAUUUACUCUUCAAGUUCUAUUGUUAAUUGUUAAUGUGUGUUUGAUGCUGUCAGUAGUGGUUGUUCUCCCGACUUGUGGUUUAAGUGUAGGUGAAACAGAGAAAAACAACAGCCAUAUAAAAUUGGAUUAUGAAUAGCAGGAAUUUGGUUUUAGUGGCAUUAACAUUCGUAUUUUAUAAGGUGCCCAGCAUUUUUUGGCACGUCAAGAAUAAUACUGUGUGCCAAAAAAAGUACAGUUGGUGUUAACUUGAAUGUGAAGUAAAUAACUUUCUCACUUUAGAUGUAUCCUGUCCUGCAUCCUGAUGAUUGUUGGUUUGGAACCUUAGAUGACAAGCAAUACUUUCUUUUUUUUUAACUUUUUUUUAAACUUUUUUGUUAUUACAAUAACUUUACAAUAACAAUAUUACUACUGCCUCCAUUUGGGAAGGACUUGGAGGGGGGGAAGAGUAUUUAUUGCCUUCCCUUAUUUGUGCCAUAAUGUUUCUGUUUUUAUGAAUCAAUUCACAAUUGUAUUUUGUGGAGGUGGUGGUACUCAACAGGAAAGCUACUUAACUGGAAGUGAAGAAGGAAGUUAGUCAUAUUAGUGAAGACCAGAAGACAAAAGUGUUUAUGUAUCAUUGUGUAUUUUGGGGAGGAGAAGACUGGGGAAAGGCAAGUUUGUUUCCAUUCCUGCUCUUUGUAUUAAAAUGAACAAAUUGCUCUCAGCAAUUUUUUUUCUAAGUCAACUUCUUUGAUACACACACGCGUGCACGCGCUGGUUUCUCUGGGUCUCUAAAUGGUUUUCAGGUGAAAGGGUAACUUGGAUAAAAUGAUAACAGUGAAAGAAAGAAUGAAAACAGGAAACAGAUGUCUGGUGACGUUGAGGGAUUGGAUAGCACUUAUUCAGUGAACGAUGUCUUAGUCACAAGGCAGCUGUAUCCUGGCUCUGAUACUAUAACGCUACAAAUACCUUGGAGCCAAAACAGCCACGUUCCACCAAAUCCGGUCAUUCUACUUUAUAAAGGUGAUCUUUUAUCAUCUUAUAAUUGGAGAGGGCAAAAAAGGGCUGCAUGUUCCUUUAUUUAAAAUAUGCAAUGCUUGUCUUUUUUUCUCAUUUCUAUUUACAGUAGCCAGUAUUUUAUAUCAGUUGUUUGGAUUUUUAUUUACUAGUGAAAAAAGUGACAAGGCUAUAGAGGAUUUCCUGUUCUUUUUAUCUCAUCGGGAACACAAGUCUCCUAGCAACCAAAUAUGGAAUUAUCAAAAACACAAGUAAGUUAUUGACAAGGUUUUUAAUAAAUCCAUCAUAAACAGCCUCCCGAUGGACUGUCGUUUAUAUGAGGGUCAGGCCCACUGGUGCAAGACUCUUAAAACAACACUGGCAUCUAAAGCCAUACUCUUUACUUAGGAAUAUGAACCAUGUUUUCAUGUUCAUAAGAUAAAUGAUUGCCUUGGAUAUCCCGUUUUGAUAGGAGUUUUUCUUAUGCAACAGUAUGUUACACAGCAAGAAGCACCCAAUCUGCUGUAGGUGGAAAAGCAUUAUCAGGUAGCUGAGGAAAAGAAACUUAUUUGUGUCACUAAAUGCUAAAAGCCGUGUCAAUUUUUAUCAGCAACAUCAUACUUUGAAAUGGUUCCUUGAUAAAACCAAUUACCUAUGUUCAACUGCAAUCAAAAUAAAGGCCUCUAAACAAGUA